AUGAGGUAUCAAUUAGAGAUAGUUGGAGAUGAGACUAGACUUGACCCAGUUUCAUUCAGUGCUUUUACAGUGUACAUGGUCAAUGUUACUACUCAAUACAAACAAUGGAAUAUCUAUAGGAGAUAUAGUCAAUUUCAUGAAUUCGAUUUACAAAUUAAACUAGAGUUUCCAAAGAUUAAAUUAUCAAAACUACCAAAGAAAUAUAUAUUUAAAGCAAGCACAGACAGAAGUUUGGUAGAUGAUCGUAGGAAAUUAUUACAAAAAUAUCUAAGUGAUCUAACAAAGAAUGAAUGUAUCAAUGAUAGUGAGGUUUUAGCUCAAUGGUUAACUCCAAAGAAUGACCCCGCAUUUACAUCAUUAAACAAUCCUGAUAAAGCAGGCUUUUUAAUUAAAGAAGGACAUGUGAUUAGAAGUUGGAAGAAAAGAUAUUUUGUUUUAAAAGAUGGAGUAUUAUAUUAUUUUAAACAUCAAUCUGAUCCAGAACCAACUGGUAUGAUACCAGUAAUUGGAAGUACGUUAAAAAGAUUAGGAGAGACGGACAAGAAAUAUGCAUUCCAAAUUGUAUCAAAGUAUGAGGUGUUUCCUACGUUUUCGAUACAGGGACGCGAUCAAGAAGACUGCGAGGAAUGGAUCGAUGCCAUUGAGCAGACACAGAAGCGAUUUGAAAUUGCAGAGCGAAAGAGACGUGAACAACAACUCUUGGAAGAGGAGCAACACAAACGAAACAAUGGAACUAUUAUUAAAAAGUCGGGAUCAUUUGAAUUCUCGACAUUGACGAGUGCCUCGGCACCCCUGCAGUCUGGGACACAGUCGUCGUCAGUGCCAACACAUUUUGCACGCGGGCCACCUCAAAAGAGCAAGAGCGAUUUAAAUCUUCCAAGUGUCACAAUCACACUGCGUAACAAGAAGCCUGCGACGGGCAGCCAAGACGACCUCAACAGCAUAUUGACAGGCAAGACUGUUAUUGUCGAGGAGGACUAUAUUGGCAGCAGCGCCACGACACCAUACGAUCACCAACAUAUUGGUAAUAGUAAUAGUAGCUCGUCAGCUGCAUCUACUCCACAAGCCAACCCCCCUCCUCCAGCUGCAACAGCUGCAUCCAACACACUUGUACAACCAUCAUCAUCAUCAUCAUUGGCAUCUUCAACGAAUAAUAAUACAGGGUCACCUAAAACAUCACCUAUUCAACAUACACGUAACCGUUCAUCACCAUUGGUGACUGGUUUGCCACUCCCCAAUUUCCUACAACAAAUUACUGGUACCAAGUCGGACCAGCAAAAAGAUAAUACAAAUACAACAACAACACUACCACCACUUUCACUGAGUGGUAGUGGAGGUAUGGUUGCACGAUCAAACAGCACGAAUAGUAUCAAUACUACUAGUAGUGCAAGCAGCACACCUACGACGACCAGUCCUACACUCACACCAGCUCCACGUCCAACCAGCCCCAUCUCUGUUAAAAAAGACAAAAACAAAAAGGAGACCAAGACAAUAUCAGAGUUUAUCAGUAACCAACCUGCGAAAAAGAGUGGUAGUGGCAGCAAAAACAGACUACGUGCAUUGACGUUGCCAGUCAAACCAAAUGAAUCGAUUCUACAGAAUGCCAGUUGUGCAGGUGACAGCAAGUCCAUGUCAAAGGAUCCACGCAAAUACAGUUCGUCGCGAGCAACGCGAUUCUCUUCAGACGGACGACCAACAUUUGAUAUCAACCACAAACUCUUUUCGACCAAGGAAAAUGUCGACAAGAAAAUACAAGCAUUUUUGGAUUCAAUCGACUCUUCAUCACUGGUAUUUCAUCAAAAUAGUGACGAGUCACAAAAGAAUGAACAGGCAUUGACGGCGAUUAAAGCCAUUUCACAACAGAUUUUGACCAUGACAGUAUCAGAGAUGCGCGAGCAGUGCACGCAGAUUGUCCAUUCGAUCCAGGACUUGUUCCCCAAGUGCACCAAGCAGACUUCGUCGUUGGCGUCCAAACUGCUGUUUAUCUUUUCAGAAUUUUCGCGUGUUGUCGAUGUGCUCAACCCAGUUUCGGCAAGCAACUCGGUUGGACGUGGCAGCGAGGGUGGUGCCGGUCACCACCACGGCAUGACCAACUCGUUUGAUCUCAAUGACCCGGGUGCCAUGACGCGGUCAAUGUUGUCGAUUAGUACAGACGUGUUCCAACCCAAACGCAUGUCACGCAGUCUCCAAAACUUUGACAAUAUCUCGCCACCCACAUCUAUCCUCUUUUCGCCAGCCUCUACCACGCCCCCCACCUUUUCCUCUACACCCACCACCACCGACAACUCGCCACUCUCCUCAUCCUCGUCAUCACUCGUUUUAUCAUCCUAUUCAACCACCUCUUCUUCAACUACUAAUCCCAACGAUUUUAGUAGUAGCAUCAACAAUCAUCAUCAUCAUCAUCAACAUCCAAACACCACGCUCAAUUUGAGCCUAGGCAGUAUAAAUAGUAUCCCAUCCUAUUCUGAAGAUGAGAUACUAUCUCAUAGUAAUCAUAGUAGUAGUAAUAGUAUUCAUUUGUUAUAUAAUCAACAACAACAACAACAUAAUCAUAGUAAUAAUCAUAAUCACCUUCUCAACCAACUCGAAAAUUCCAGUAGUAUUAAUAUUAAAUCCGGCAUCAACCCUCCAACCAAUUCUCCAAAUAGACAUCAUCAACAUCAUGACACCAUCAACACCCAUUUAUUUAUUGACCCCACCAUCACCACCACCUCUGCACAAAGACCAUCAACUCCUCCCAAUACGAUCGUUGUAGAUAACCAAGUCCAUCAAUUGGCAUCGGUCGUUGAACAAAAACGAUCUCAGCUAUCAGAGAUGUUUGGUCAUUCAUCGGUACCAGCUAGUUCAAUUAAUGUUGACAACAUACCAUUAAGUCCAAUUCAACAUGUAGUACAACAACAACAACCAACUGAAGAGGACAAUGUGGAAAACAGACAAUUAUUAGUUUGUAGAAUCUGCGAGGAUACAUUUACAAAAUAUCAACUAAAGAAACACACUCAUCUCUGUGUACUCACCAACAAACAUGAUUUCAAACACAGCUCACAUGAUGAACGUCUCUAUGUCAUGUUGAAUCUGUGUAAGGGUAUUUUGAUGGAUUCGUUGGCAUCUCCAGACUCGCGGUCAAUUUGCUCAUACUAUAUUGACGAUGAAAUGAUUGGUCAGUUGGAGCAGAUUGUCGAAGACGUGGUCUCGCUGCAGUACGGUAGCAAGGAAUCAGUCGAACAGUGUCAGUUGGCUAUUGACCGUGUCGUCAAUAUCAUCUCACACAAUAUUGAAGAUAUGGCAUUAGUUACAUUUGGCAAGCGUAUAUGCAAGGUUCUCGAAGAGAAAAAGUCGUCGUUUAUUCAGUACAGCGAGAUCCAGUCGGCUGCCAUCCAACAGCAACAACAUGUACCUGCAGGCUCUAAACGUCCCAAAUGGUCCAUGUGGGGUUUGCUUCCAUUUAUCAAGUCAAUGUCACCCAGCACACAGACUAUCAUCACCAAAGAGGUGCCAUCACCCGUCACAAUCACCCCUCAGAAAAAGGAAGGUCUGUCAAUAUCCGACUUUGAAAUUCUCAAGCCCAUUAGCAGGGGUGCAUUCGGCAGAGUGUAUCUUGCACAAAAGAAAAAGACUGGCGAUCUCUAUGCUAUCAAGGUGCUCAAGAAACUCGACACUAUACGUAAAAACAUGGUUGAUCACGUGCUCAUUGAACGUAAUAUCUUGGCGACUGUUCAGAACCCAUUUGUUGUCAAGUUGUUUUAUGCGUUUCAAUCGGCCGACAAGCUCUAUCUCGUCAUGGAGUAUUUGAUUGGCGGUGAUUGCGCAUCGCUGCUCCGCGCACUAGGCUGCUUUGACGAACAAAUGGCGCGUAUGUAUAUUGCUGAAACCGCGCUCUGUCUCGAGUACCUCCACAAGAACUUUGUCACACAUCGUGACCUCAAGCCCGACAAUAUGCUCAUCGACUCCAAAGGUCACAUCAAACUGACUGAUUUUGGGUUGUCCAAGAUUGGUAUCAUUGACGAUGCGAUUAAACAAGCCGGUCAACAACCUCCCUCUCCCACAACCACUCCCAUCCCCAUGGCUACCAGUAUUCGAAACAAUCAUUUUAAUUUUAUGACUGAUCCUCAACAACAACCACCAACAUCCCAACAAUCUCAACAACAAGUACAACCAGUUUCAUUAAGAAAAUCUACAUUGUUGCGUAAAAAACAUACACCUCCUAAAAAGGUGGUUGGAACACCUGAUUAUCUGAGUCCAGAGAUUCUCUUGGGUACAGGUCACGGUUGCGAGGUUGAUUGGUGGGCACUUGGGAUCAUCCUCUACGAGUUUUUAACUGGCGUGCCACCAUUCAACGACGACACACCCGAACUCAUCUUUGAAAAGAUUCUCAACUCUUCCAACCAGGAACUAGAGUGGCCCGAGGAGAUUACACCCGAAGCAAAGGAUUUAAUCAUUCGUCUGCUCAAUCCCAACCCACAACUACGUCUUGGUGCCAACGGCGCGUUUGAAGUCAAACAACACCCCUUUUUCAAAGGUAUCAAUUGGGAUACACUGAUUGAACGUGACAUGUCUGAUAUCUUUGUACCCAAACCAGAAAAUGAAUUGGAUACAGAUUAUUUUUGGGAUCGUCAUUCAAUGUACAACGAUGAUAGUGUCGGUGGUCGUAGUCGCGAAGACAUUCAAUCCACUAGCAAUGUAUCAGGUGUUGGUGGAGUUGGUUCUGAACACCAGUUUGUCGGAGGUGGCUCUGGCAGCUCUCUAGUUGGUGCUUGUUCCUCUCCCACCCUAAACUCUUCAUCACAUCUAAACAACAAAGACCAUCAUCCAACCAAUGGAAUGUUGAUCGAUCCAAAUGGUAAUGCAGUUGGUUACCCCAUCGUCAUCAACGAACGAUCUCUACUCCACUCGUCAAUGGAAGAUUUGGAACAUGCUCAAAGAGAUCCAAUCACAUUUGGCAAUUUCUCAUUUACCAAUCUCAAUCAUCUAAAAGAUAUGAAUAAUUUAUUUUUAAACAAAGAAAAAGAUAAAGAUAAACUUUUAAUGAUGGAAAAAGAAAAAGAGAAAUUAGAGAAAUUAGAGAAAUUGGAAAAAGAAAAAGAAAGUUUACAAGUAAAUGGUAAAUCAAUACCAAUAUCAACUAGUAUUAGUAGUAGUAGUAGUAAUGGAGGAGGAAUAAAAAAGGUUAACGAAAUGAUACUCAAUAAUAUUAAUUCAGUUGAACAACUGAGAGCAUCAGGAAAUAAAAAAUACAGUGAAAAAAGAUAUAUAGAAGCAAUCGAUAUCUAUAAACAAGCUAUUGAAUUAUCAAGAGAUGCAACAUUUCCAUCAAACAUGUCUGCAUGUUGUUUUGAAUUGGGUCGUUAUGAAGAUGCAUUAGAGUUGUCUAAAAAGGUGAUAGACAUGAUUAAAGUGCAAGGAGAAGAUCCCAAACAACUUGCUAAAAAGAAUCUAGCACAUAUUGCAAGAAUUGUACAUUUAAAGAAAUCAAAGGAAGAAUUGGUACAAUUGGUCAAUCAAUUCACAGACAGCGAUCUUCAAGACAAAUCAUUUGAUUUUGAAAAGAUCAAGAAAUCGGUUGAUACUUUAGUUCAAGAAGAUUGGACUAAAAAGAAUGGUUCUGGUAAUGUCGAUGCCUCUACUUUGCCAGUUCGUUUGCCAUCAAGAUUACCAAAUGUGAACGAAUACUUUGUUGUCGGUCAUGACAUUCCAAAAAGUGCAUUGAGUCCACACAUCGAUGGAGACAGAGUCGACUCAUAUGAAAACGAUCCAAUCAUCACCCCUCGAAUCAAAGAGAUUGAAUCCAAAUGUAUCCGUUUACGUGAUAAUCCAUCAUUAUCAUUCUUCUACGGUGGUAUUGGAGAUUGCCGUAAUGCAUUUGUCACACUCGCCGAUUUGAAUCGUCAACUCCUAGACAGUCCCAUCUCACCAAAGACCAAGAUUCACUUUACGCUCAACGAUCAUAUAUCUUCUACCAUUGCUAGAGAUAUAUUACUCUUCUCAUUAUUGGAAGAGAUUGGAAGAUAUGAAUCGAUUGAAAAGGUGUAUAAAGAAAGAGAAGCAGCCAACGCAGCAGUCAUUCUCUACUAUACCUAUAUUGGUAUCGGUAUGCCAGAGGCUAUAUACAAGAUGUUGAUAGCUAGAUUCCACAAGCUCAUUGCACUUGGGGACAAGGGUCAACUCCCCAAAUGGAUGUCAAUCGAAACUGCCGAUUGGCCAGGUAUCAGAGAUGCAUUCGAGUAUUGGACCACUGCAGAACCACUGACAUGGGCAGAAGUAAAAAAGAAAGCAGGUGUGGACUUUACCGUACCCACCACGAAAGAAUCUACUGGGAAGCCAUUCCAACAGAUGGAAGAAUUAAACAAACAAUUUAGCAACCCAGAGUUUCUAAAGAAGUAUGGUAUUGACGUAAACGAUGAAGCUAAAAAGAAGAUGUUAAUGGAGUGUUUUACAGAAGCUGACAUGUCAAAGACACUGGACGACGAUGAAACCUCGUUGAUGCGUUUGCCUGGAGAAAUCCUCUGGACUCAUGGCUAUAGAUACCCUCUGCUCCCCAUGGUCAAUGCCGACUAUGACGAGCACAUGACACCUGCCAAGGCACAUCAGUGCAUGCGAACAUUGCGUGGCAAGUCUAAACAAAAAAGCAAUGAUUUUAAUCAAGAGGAAUCAGAGCUUAUGAAAAGCUUUGCCAAAGCUGACAAGAUCAAGGUCAAUCCAACCUUUUUCGAUUCCGUAUCAGCCAACUAA